AUGUCCUCUAGCAGCUUUGCCGCUGCCCAAGAGCGGAUCCUCGCGCGACAGCAUGUCAGACAACAAGAGUCACAAGCUACGAAUUCCCGAGCAAUUCCUCCUCCUGUUCGUUCCUUGACUCGGCUCACUCAUUCCUUGCGCCCCGAGCUGUCAGCUUUCUGGUCGACAUUACUGGACUCCGAGGGAACCCGCCCUGCCUUUCGAGUGGGCCAAGUGGAUGCUGAACUGCUAGACGAGGAACUGUUGGGGUUGUUGAAGACGCAGGUCGGAGAUGCCUUGAAGUAUCUAGGACCGCAUCUCCAGGAUGACUGGUCGCAAGAGAUCCUCCUUGGACUCAGAGCGGUUUUAUUCAAACUUUCUAUAUGGGAUAACGAUGCGUCGUACGGAGCUGCACUUCAGAACCUGCGCUACGCUGAUGCCCGUAAUUCGAGUCUCGCCCUUCCGAAGCCAACGCGAUGGCAGAAAGCUCUCUAUGGAAUGGUAACGGUUUUUGGGAGAUAUGGGUGGGACAAAUGGGAAGAUUGGCUCAUCGACCAGGAGCGAGGAUACACGGCACCAAGUGAAACAGUUCAGCGGUUGAUGAGGUUGACCUCUUUCGCUUCAACGGCUCACUCGAUAGCCGCAUUCUGUUCCUUUCUAGUGUUUCUGGUCAACGGGCGUUACCGUACUCUCACAGAUCGCUUGUUACGGUUGAGGCUUGUUUCACCUUCCAAUCAGGUCAGCCGAGAGGUCUCAUUCGAGUAUCUGAAUCGCCAGCUGGUCUGGCACGCGUUUACGGAGUUCUUGUUGUUCCUGCUACCGCUCGUGGGAAUCAGUCGGUGGCGUAGAUGGUUAGCGAGGGCUUGGAAAAAGACGAAAGAUGCGAUGCGGUCAGAGUCGACUGAUGAAGACGAAGGAAAAAUCAAAAGCGGACCUUUAUCGUUUCUGCCAGAGAGAACUUGUGCCGUAUGUUACGAGGAGCAAAAUCCUACAUCGACAUCAGAGGCAGAAAUUCUUGGGGCCAACACGGGUGCUGGAGGCGGAGUCGUGGGCUCAGCCACAACAGAUGUGGUCAACCCCUACGAGACAAUUCCUUGUGGCUGUAUCUACUGCUUUGUUUGCAUCGCUAAAAAGAUUGAAGCAGAGGAAGGUGGUGGAUGGACCUGUUUACGAUGUGGUGAAAUCAUCUAUAAAUGCCAACCCUGGAAUGGCGAUAUUGUUGUCCCAAAAAAGACCAGUCAGAAGAACGGAAAGUCAGUCGGAUUCUCUGUCAGCGAGCAGGUCCAUUCCGACGAGUUGGAGGAGGAAGAAUCUUUGGAUGAAGCCCCAGAAAUGAUGGAAUCCAAUCUCAUCUCGAGUCAGUGGUCGAUGCCAGAAGAAAGCUCUUCAUCCGGCUGA